GUUAUCAUCUAGCGCAAUUUUUAACACGCGAAAGUUUGCCGAAGUCACGCAAAAAAAUAAAGUCGUAUUUUUUACGCGAAAUAUACGAUUUUUCAAAUGAGUAUCAGUACAGACGCAAGUAAAUAUGUGAACGAUGUGAGUUAUUUCAUUUUUACUUUGUUUUAAAUGUUAUUUGUCACUGUAAUACUCAGUAAUAGUGUAUUUUUAGAGACAGUAGACCGAAAGCUGUAACUGGAGUGCUAUAUAUAUGAUGCAGGCAGUACAUGCAAAAGCCUUUAAGUGGCAAUGCGCCCUGAUGCUCCCCAUCACAGAGUAGAUACAUAUGCAGAGUUAUAACUAGUGUACUCAGUUUUUUUGUGCGCAUGCUCGGCAAGUUACUACAUGCAUGCAUCCCAUUGGAUGACAGCUCUCUUUAGCUGUUCGCGGAACUUGCCGAGCACGCGCAGUUGAUCAUUUUGCCACUCAAUGGGUUGGGCCUGUUAGGGUUUUUUUUUUCCCCCCGAGUGUGAAUGUGUGACGAACAAUCUAAGUACUGUAUAUAUCAGAGUUGCAUCAGUAAUCAAGUGAUACACGCCAAGAAAGUUGUAGUUCAUAAUAUGUUCACAACCACCAAACUGGUCACAUACAGUGUCUAUAGACCCAUUGCACAUGACGUCACAGCGCCGGCGAUGAUGCAUCUGGAGGACGAAUUAGCAAUCUAUGCAUAAUAUAACUUUUGUAAACAAAGCAAAUUUUGUAAAACUUUUAAUAAUAUUGUAUUAAAAUGGUUAGUUUUGCGCUGUAUGUGGUUGUUGUACCCGAACAGAUAUUGUUAGGGAGCAUCUGGAGGACACUCUAAGGAUUUGUGACGUCAGUGCAAAGGGUCUAUAGUAUUAUAUUACCAAUUGACAAUAUCAAAAAUUUUUUUCUGUAUUUCUUAAUUAGCCUACACUUGAAGUAGCAUGGGCGAUGAAGGCUUAUGAUCAUGCUGAGAUUUACUUCAAUGUAAGUUUCAUGGGUAUAUAUGCAUGUCACACAUCUGAUUCUCAACACGAGCAGGUUGACUACAAAAUUUUUUACUGCAGCUACAGUUUCAAAAAUGUAGCAAAUGAUUCACUACUCGAUCACUACAUCAAAGUAUAUCUUCAGUUGCUAGACACAGUUUGUGUCAAAUGUUGCUAUUUAAUUUUCUUUAUGUCACCAUUUCAAUGCAAUGCAAUGUCAUCUGUCAGAAUUUGCUCAAACAAUUUAUGCAGUAUAUAGGGCGUAAAAAAACCCCUGUGGUUCCGGUUUCAUAUCGCGAAAAAAUUAGGGUGGUAGGUUGGAAAUUUUUUUUUUUAAAUAUUUUUUUUCGUUUUUUUUUUUCAAUAAUUCUAGUGUGACAACAGACACCAUUUUGGCAGCAGCCCGCAACCAUCCGGAGAAAAUAGGGUCGCACGGUCAAUCACAUUGAAAAAAUAAUAGGGUCUGCAGAAAAAAAUAGGGUCGGUCGGGAACCGGAACCACAGGUAUUUUUUUUACGCCUAGUUGAACUGUUUUUUUAUCUUCAAAUAUUUAGCUGAUAUCCUCAAUUGAUUGCUCUGACCUCAAUUUUACAAGGUAUAGGUAUAAUUAAAGCAGGUUGCUAUUUCAUGUGACCAGGAUGUUAUUCAGAUGUUUUGAGCCAUCAGAUACUUUACAAGUUUGUUUUACUUUCUGUAGCCAUGAUAAUGAGAUAUACAACAAGUUUAAAACAGAAAUGAAAGACAUAAAGGUGGAAAGUCUAGUUGUUAUUAACUGUAGAUCUUGUCUGGUUCAUGUGAUGUGAUGUGAUGUGAUUGUACUAGUACUGUACAUACUGUAUUAAAAAUUGAUUAAAAAAUUGAAAUUUAAUUGCAGAUUGAUACCUUGGACCUUAAUGACCUGAAAACAAAAGCAUCAAAAGAUGUAAGCAAGAGAUGUUUAUAUCACUAUUAGUAAUUGUCCGCAAACGAAUGUCAAGUGAUUUACUCCUCAAGGGGAGAGGACUGGCAAUCAAUGAGUUAAUCAGACUGCCCAUAUUGUGCCCUACUUAAUUAUUUUACUCUGUCAAUAUCUCAGAGCUUAAUGGGUUAAUUGGUAUAUAUUGUUACUCUAUCCUAGAGAUGGAGACCAUUUUGUGAAAGUUUUAAAGGACAGGUUGAAGAUUAUAACUUUGGGACAUUACUCAGGUGUGCUUUAGAUUUUGUAACAUAUUGGACUUAUUGUGUCACAAAUGUGUAAAAACUAUAGUAGUAUAUAUUGUAUUGUGUGUGAUUAAAAUAUGGUUAGGUGAUUAAAAUAUGGUUAAUUCCCCCCCCCCCCCACCUCUGCAUACAAGGAUUUUUCGGGCCCCACCCCAGAUAAAUAAUGACCGGUCCCUAAUUGGAAUUGUUUUUGUAUAUUUGCAGACUUGAUUCAGCAAAAGGAAUUUCUGAUGAAAACACAACAUUAGGUUUGUAGACGUUACUCCAACCUGCUCUCCCCUUGACAAGUAAAUAGUUUUUUGUUCUUUAGUGAAUAAUAAAGUAGGGCACAUUGGGCACAAUGCAAUGGGUAAUUAAUGCUGUUGCUUUUCCAUUUUACAGUACCAAGGAUUCAAUUCUGGGCUAUUGAAAUUGCAAGAAAUUGUGAAGGACUAAACAGACAAUUGUUAUUGAACAAAGAGAAAAAAUGAAGUACAUUACUUGCUUCAUUCACACUUGAAUAACAUACAAAAACAAUGAAGUUGCCAUUUAGUGACAUUUUGUGCUAUAAGGAAAUGAGUUGCCAUUCAAUGAGAGGGGUUACAUUAAUUUCCUUGUUUGAGAAGGUUUAACUGCCUCUCCAAAAGGAAUUAUUACUUUUCCAGGCAUAGGUGGUAAAAACUAGAAAAGAUUAUUACAAUCCUAAAUGCAUCAGAUGAUUGAUGUGAGUAAUAAUUCCAACCUUGUUUUGUAAUUAUUCUUGUGUUACUGUAUAUUUUUGCAGUAAUCAUUUUAUUACUAAGAACUUAAGACUGUUUUAUCAUUCAUAUAUAAAUUCUAGCUGAUAUUUAAUUAAUAAACCAUCACAUAUUUGCAAUAGUAUAUAAAAAUAUUAUUAAUAGUGUCAUAUACCAUAUUACCGUAGUUAAUUAAUAAUCUUAUUGUACAUUACCAAAUGUUAAUUUACACCAUAAUUACACAUUCAUUAGUUCAACAGUAGCCUGCGCAGCGGCUCUAGCUGCUACGCAGGCUAUGCAACAGAGUGAUAACUGAUAAAAGGUAGGGUUUUCUGUCUACCCUGAUUAAGCACAACAUCUUCUUCUCCAUGUUGUGAAAAUUGAUGGAAAUUUUGCAGACAUUAUACUUGUGAAUACGGUUGAAUUAUUCAAAACUGGUUUAGUUGACAUGACUUGGAAUAAUCCUUUAACUCCAACAUUUUUCUGGCCCAUUUGAUUCAUAGCUUUAAUUGCAGGGUGUCGUCUAUCAUCACUUGAUGGUGGUGGCUUCCAGUGGUCAUAGUUUGUCUCAACCAAAAACCACCU